CAGCUCAGCAUCUCCACUCUCACGAUGCGUAAAUCCACUGCUUUGAUGCUCCACAGAGGCACCAUCCAGUCCAUCUGAGCCACUUGUGGGAAGGAUUUGAGUCACAGCUCCUGUGUGAGCCUGCUUGAAAAAUGGCAACCAAAAUAAAGCCACAGUGAUCUGGACCAAAACCAUAGCAGGGAUGAAUGUGUCUGAUGAGUCCUCCUAUCACAAGGAGGUGCUUCUGGGUAACUCCACCUGGGCUUACUCCUACUAUCACCAAAACUACACCCUGCCCCCUCCGCUACUACCAGACAAGACGAGCACUUCCAAACCUGCAGCAUGCGAGCAGGUCCACAUCGCUGUGGAGGUCUUUCUAAUCCUGGGUAUCAUCUCCCUGCUGGAGAACAUCCUGGUAAUCACCGCCAUAGUGAAGAACAAGAAUCUCCACUCACCAAUGUACUUCUUCGUCUGCAGCCUGGCAGUAGCAGACAUGCUGGUAAGUGUGUCCAACGCCUGGGAGACAAUCAUCAUUUACCUCCUAAACAACAGACAGCUGGUGGUGGAGGAUCACUUCAUCAGGCAGAUGGACAAUGUGUUCGACUCUAUGAUCUGCAUCUCUGUGGUUGCGUCAAUGUGUAGCCUCCUGGCCAUCGCUGUGGACAGGUACGUCACCAUAUUCUAUGCACUGAGGUACCACAACAUCAUGACAGUGAGGAGAGCCGGUUGCAUCAUCGGCGGUAUCUGGACCUUCUGCACAGGCUGUGGGAUCGUCUUCAUCAUCUACUCAGACACCACACCCGUCAUCAUCUGCCUGGUCUCCAUGUUCUUCGCCAUGCUGCUUAUCAUGGCCUCCCUCUACAGCCACAUGUUCAUGCUGGCUCGUUCACAUGUCAAGCGCAUCGCCGCCCUGCCCGGCUACAACUCCAUCCACCAGCGGGCCAGCAUGAAGGGGGCCAUCACGCUCACCAUCCUGCUGGGGAUCUUCAUCGUCUGCUGGGCUCCCUUCUUCCUCCACCUGAUCUUGAUGAUCUCCUGUCCGCGGAACCUCUACUGCGUGUGCUUCAUGUCGCACUUCAACAUGUACCUCAUCCUCAUCAUGUGCAACUCUGUGAUUGACCCACUGAUCUACGCCUUCAGGAGUCAGGAGAUGAGAAAGACUUUUAAAGAGAUCAUCUGCUGUUACAGUCUUAGAAACGCCUGUACCAGCAUCUGUGCUCUGACGGGUAAGUACUGAGAGACACAGACCAAUGACAAGAUGAGUAGGAUGAACUGACUGAAUCUGACACUGGAGCGUAACCAUGAAAGAUUUUAUCAAAAUACACUGUUUGAGAACUGGGUCACUGCAGUACAGUGUAUAGUCAAGCACAUUUUAGUCUUCUGUCCUACAGAAUGUAGGAAUGUAGGAAGGUAAAACUACUAUCUCCUAAUGUAUCCGCCGCAUACACUAAGUGGCAAAUUUAUUAGGUACAUUAUUUUUGAACUCUUGAAAGAUUAGACAAUGAGCUAAAAGAGAUCCAAAUAAAAUAAAAUCUAAUUAUUUCAGCACACAGCCAGGACCUCAUGAUUCAUUUGAAAGUGCGUCACAGAAAACUGUUUAUGGCCUUCUUUUCAUUCUAGCUCCUUUUAUUAUUCUACUUUGGCUGACAGGAUAUUUUCUUUUUCACUACUAUGAUUAGUAAGCCUUAAAUGCUGUUGUGUAAGAGCGCUUAUAUACUUGCUUUUAACUACUGUACAUAAUGGCUACCAUGCCUACCCGGUGUUGCUUUGGAGCAGUGGUUGUGCACAUCCUUGGAAAUGAACACUAUACGGAUAAAUGAACGGUGGUGAGUGAAGUCAACAACAAUCGGAGAAAGUUUUGAUGGGAACCUAAUAGCCUAAUUGUCUGUAGUCUCUCACUGCUGCCUCUGCUGCUUUUUGCGCUGUGAUCUCAACAUUAAAGGGGAACUCCAUACAGGUGUUGGGGACUACUGCAUAACAGAAACAUGGAUAGAGCCUUCUGUGGAUCCAGAGGGGGUGUGAAGCCUGACACAUUGCCUCACUUGAGUUAGCGUUGACUGGUUUGAGAUUUAAAAAUGGGAAGAAUCUUGGGGUGUGAGUCAGAAAGAAGUGCUUCGUAUGGCAAAAAAGCUAAACCUGGUGAAGGCGGACGUUCCUGGUAGAUUAAUUUGUAAUGUGAACACUGUACUUCUACUUUUAAUCUCGUGAUCACUGUGAUGAAAAUGCCGCUUUGUUAACUUAUCAGAGUAAAAUUCCAGUACUCAACCAGUAAUGUAACAACGCUCCUGCAAAUAUUUCACAACAAAAGCCUUGUUUUAAUAAAUGACGGUAUUCUGUCUGGUCGAUAUGGAUACAUAUCAGUAUCAUAUUAGAUGUUUUCAUGUCUGUGACGAAAUGUGCAGAUAUAGAUUUUGAUACUGUAAUGUGUAAAGGUGUAAUGUUGCUGGCAUGAUGUCCACAUGACUAUCAGCAGAUCAUCACAGUCACUGUUUCUGUUGAGAAUUCUUUCUGGCGUUCUUACUCGACGUGCGCACACUCGAGCGCAACACGCUCACACAUGCUCACGCACAUUGUCUGUCACAUACACAUGUGCAGACACAGACUCCGCUUUUCUAGUCUACCGACCAGUCAAAGCACUUUACAACACAUGCCAACAUUCACCCAUUCACACACACGUUCAUACACUGAUGCCAACCUGCUCAUCAGGAGCAGUUCAAUGUCUUGCUCAAGGACACUUGGAUAACUCACCGGAGAACUAGGAUUACUAGAUGACUGCUCUCUGGAAGUGAGUGUAAAUCCGCUUCUUCCUCUUAAUGCAUUUACUACAAUAUCUUAAUGCCUUUAAGCUGUUGCACCAACACAGGGAUACUUUCGGUCUAAAAGUUUAUUUAGUUGUUUGUUGAUUCAUGACUAAAAUGAGCUAUGUUUACCUAAGUAUGACUUAGUUUAUUAUUAUAGUGGCAUGGCGUUGUUAUUAGUGCCAUAAUAGCUCUUGUGGAGGAGGUUGGAAUGUACAGUAGGCGUUGACUUUAACACAGGAGUUUGUUUUCCAAUUCCUGCCAACAGUCAGUGUUGGUUUCUUUUAACCAUGACCACAGUAUUUUUCCUAAUAUUAACCAAGUAGGUUUUUGUCCUGAGGAAGAUUAGAAAACUAAUUAUUUUAAUAAUAUAUAUAAGAAAUAACAUUUAGUACAGAGGACCACAGAGGAAAAAUCCUGUUAACGUGAACACAUUCCUAUAAAGCAAGUAUAUAAGUGCUCUACCACAAAGGCAAUCUUGUGUUAAAUAAAAAAAUGAGAAAAGGGAGCACAAGACCAAACUCACAGUAAGCUGUUUUAUAAUAUUUAAUCCAACUAUAUAAAGUUAAAUUAAGAUUCACUGCUGAUGUGUUUACACGUCUAGCAAACUGAGAAACCACCAGACAUUACUUGUCUAUGUCCUGGGGGGGAAGUGGGGAAAGCUAUGCUGCUGCUGAACUUUUGAACGACAUCACCUGUCCACAGCCAAUUUUCUGCCCCUGCUGUUAGCCCUGCCUCCCCCUGCUGUUGCAUUAGUGCUACAGUUAACGAGCAGCUUCCGAAAAUCUACCUACGCUCAGUAGCACACAUGUUUCUGCUAUGAUCUGAAUGUCACUCUUCUGCUUGUAUCUUGUACCUUGAUAUUAAUCGUAGCUGUUCUAUUCUGACAAUGUGCCCUCAAUGAUCUCUUCUUACUGCCUCCCUGCCCACGCAGUCUGUAUUAAACUAUAGAAAAUGCCAUAAGGUGACACUUGAAAUGUAAAAAUGAAUGUACAAGUAGCUUAACAUUGCUCUCUGUAUGAGUGUGUUAGUGGUGCCUACCUCCCAACUGAGAAGCUUGACAGAACACAAAAUGCAACCAUCUGCUGAAACUGCUUUUCACAAGAAAUGUUAUGCAUAAUUUCUUGGUGAUAGAUACUAAACAUUUGUUUCCCAGUGUUACAUAGUAAUAUUUAUUGCAAAAAAAAGAGCAAGCCAUUUGUAUUAUUUGUAUCUUCAGACUGAUCCAUGGAGGCAUACAGACAGUGAGAUAAGAUGUCUCUGGAACAAACACUGAGAAAACAGUAUCAAAAGGAUGAUUUAUUUCUGCAUUGUGCUGUAAUUGCCUUGCUGUAGCUUCCAUUAAUGUUUAUUGUAAGCGCUUUGCAAUUGUAAGAUCAAAAGAGCAUAUGAAUAUGCACAGAAAUGUACACAACAUGCUCAUACAUGGAAAAGUGGUUUUAUUAAAACAAUCAAUGAUAUAUAUAUUUUCCCUUUUCCUAUAGGUUUAUUAAUAAAGAAAACACAUAAAUGUUCCAUUUUCCUCACUGUACAUUCACCUCCAACUUGACCUUUCUGUGAUAUUAUUGAUUGUGAAGUACUCAGUUCUUGUUUCCACAGAAACAGCAGUGAAAACACCGAAUGUGAUAGACAGAGGUGACGUGAUUCUAAUUGCAUGCUCAGGCCUGCGUUGUAUGUACUGUGAGACAAUAUUAACAGCUGUAGGGACAUAUUUUAUGUUAGUUAAUAGUAAAGUGAUAGCAUGCAAAAAUAUAAAUGUCAGCUGCAGUUGAAAUCACUGACGCCAGUGCUGGCCAUGUUGCUUUAAAAUGAAUUAUUUUGUUUGUGUCUCAAUAAAAGCAAAAGGUGAAAUGGUGAAA